AUGCCAGGCGUGAUCAGCAAACCUGGUGGUAGAAUGACUCAUACACUAGAAUAUAUUAACUUCGAGAUAGAAGACCUGUCGAAGCCUUUGCCCCACUCUGGAAAUGGCCUAAUGUGCUAUCUAAUCCGCACAGUUCAAGGACGUGUAUUGCCAUCAGGUCACAUUAUUCUGUUCUUCGGAUCAACCAAUCAAGCAAAGAGUUUGAUGAUACAAAGUAAAUUGUUUAAUCUAACACGCCCUGCACUCCCCGUUCCCCUAACAAAUGCUGCCGUCCCCCGUGGUUACCUCCCUUUCUGCUUCGGUACCGACUUCGGGUUGAUCCUACGUCCCAAGUCCAUUGCAUACACUGACUUUAAUGCUUCUUCAGCCCGUGCCACAAGUGCUUUAAUCUUCAUCUGCUCGACGCAAUUGCCAAGAUUCUCUCCGUUGCUGGUCUCCCCUGUAGCGUCUUCCACCAAGGCUCGGACCAAACGCCUGACUAUACCCAAUGGAACGCUACUCUGGACGGAUCCGUAUCCAAGAAGCACAUUCCUGAUGGUUUUUGUGCCUACAAUCGACAAGUUUUGGUUCGCACUCGGAGAGGAUGCCUCUUGCGGCUUCCAUGUUCACAUCUCCUUGUCCAGUGGAUCUUACACUGACGUUCAACUAAGGUCCAUGGCCAAGGCUAUUGACUUCUGGGAGCCCGCCGCAGCACGAUGUGCGCCUCCAUCUCGACAAGACCAAGUUCAGAGGUUCUGCAUGUCUAACAUUUCCGGUACCAGAGCGGCCGCCCCGCUGACAAGAUUCGGCCCACUUAGAGGACUCGGAUACGGUUUUGAUUAUAUCGACAAUUUUUCCAGGCAGUUCGUUGUGGAGUACGUCUGCCUAGAUAAAUAUAGGGUCUGGAACUUGAACCCUGCAGACCUGGAGGCUAGACAGCUUGAAUCCGGAUGCUUUCCAUUUCACAAUAGCUAG